AUGGCCAAAGCCUUGCUAUCCAGGCUUCAGUUUCAAGGACGACUUCAGAUCAGUCAGGAGGACGUCGUCAGUCUUCGGAAGCUUCUGCAGGAAGCAACCUUGACUCCCGAAGAGGUCUGCAAUGCAGCGCUGACCUGCGCCAAGCUGCUGCGCCGAGAUGCUGGCUUAUGGGAGGCGCUGAUGCCAGCACUUCAGCAGCACCGUGCAGAUCUGACUUCGCAGUGUCUGCAGAAGUUGCCUGUUUACUUUGCAAGAAGCAGGUGGCGGCCGGCCGGGCUGCUAGAGCUGGUGGCUGCUGCAGCAGAGCCCCGUGUGGCCGCUUUCGGGGGUCGUGGCCUGGCAGAGCUGGUCUGGGCCCAAGCGCGGCUGCGAGGCCGUGCGCCAGGACUCUUCGGUGCUAUCGCCAAUGCUGCCUGCGCCACACCGGACAGCUUCACCCCUCCGGAGGUCUCAAAGGCAGCCUGGGCAUAUGCAGCCUCCGCUUUGCGGGAAGGUGCUCUUUUUGCCGCAUUCGCAAAGACCUCCAGCGCGCGUAUCAACGAGUUCGGCUCGCAAGGCUUGGCAAAUUUGAUUUGGGCCUUUGCGACGCUCUCACAUCAAGAUGCAGAACUUCAGAUGGCUCUCAGCGAAGUGGCUUACCGGAGGAUGCAGAACUUCACACCGCAGGGGCUGGCAAACUUGGCCUGGGCCUAUGCCAAGCUUUUCCACAAGGAUGAGGUGCUCUUCAGCGGCAUUGCAGAGGAGUCCCUGUUGCAGCUCAGCUCCUUUACUCCCCAGAAUGUGGCGAACACGCUUUGGUCCUUCGCGAAGGUCCGCCAUGUCCACUUGGAACUCUUUGGCGCGGCCUCGGCGCAUCUCCAGCAGCAUGCGGGCGAGUUCAGCACGCAGGCGCUUGUGAACUCGGCGUGGGCCAUGGCUGAGGUCGCUUUGUACGAUGAGGAGGUCUUUGGGGAAGUUGCGGAUGCGGCAUCUCGAAAGAUUGAUGAAUACAAAGCACAAGACUUGUCCAAUUUGGUUUGGUCCUUGGCCCAAGUCCUGCACUACGACCAGAGAGCCUUGCUGGCAGUCGCAGAUUCAGCUGCAGCAAAGGCUGAUACAUUUACGUGUCAGCAUCUAGUGUGCGUGGCCUGGGCAUUUGCGCUUCUAUCUGAGCAGUGUGGAGAGUAA